GGUGCUGACACAGAACUGAAUAUCCACGAUGGUACAGUGAGAGAUGUGACGUUUAUAAAAGAACAGAAUAUGUCGAGCGGCAGUCUUCUGAUCAGUGGAGGGGCUGGAAACUGUCAUAUUCACAUCACUGAUUGCAACACCUCUCAAAACUUUAGGGUUUACUCUGGACACACUGGGCACAUAUAUUCACUGUAUUCAUGGGGAAAUUGUACGUUCGUGAGUGGCUCGCAAGACAAGACAGCUCGGUUGUGGGACUUGAGAACAUCCAAUGUUGGCGUCAAUACCAUGAUUAUAAUGAACACAGGUGGAAGUGCAUUCGCAUCAGUCUGUGUGGAUCCAUCGGGUCGAUUAAUGGCGUCUGGCCAUGAAGACGCAAGUUGUAUGCUGUGGGAUGUCAGAGGCAACAAAGUCGUGCAAGUCUUCAGGCCUCAUCAUUCAGAAAUCAGAUCUGUCAGGUUUUCCAACAAUGCAAAUUACCUCCUGACAGCUUCGUAUGAUCAAAAAAUUGUUCUCUCUGAUUUGCACGGUGAAUUGACAGGAAAAUUGCCAAGUGUGGUUGUAGCCGAGCACAAAGACAAAGUGAUCCAAUGCAAGUGGCAUCCGACCCAGUUAUCAUUUGUUAGUACAUCAGCCGAUCGCACCGCCAUCUGUUGGGGCCUGCCUAUGAUUUGA